GUUGUAUCAAUAUGGUAUCAGCUAUCGUAUUUGUUGCUAACGGAACUGAAGAAUCUGAAUUUACUAUUACUGUGGAUGUACUUCGACGCGCCAACGUGAAAGUCAAUGUAGUUGGUGUCCAGCUCACAGAAAUGUAUGCUACUUGCAGUCGAGGUGUUAAAAUUGUACCAGAUACUUCAUUGGAAGAGCUUCAAGAUUGGGAAACCUAUGAUGCAGCAGUGAUCCCUGGGGGUUUGAAAGGAGCAGAAACUCUUCGUGACGACAAAAAAGUCAAACAUAUUUUAUCCACUUUGUAUGAACAUAACAAGGUGGUUGCUUUUAUUUGUGCAGGUACUUUGGCGGCAAAGGAGGCUCAUAUAGGUAAAGGACGUGAAGCAACUUCUUAUCCAGCCUUCAAGACGGAACUUUCAGAAUAUUACAAAUAUUCAGAAGAUCGUGUUGUAGUGGAUGAAAAUUUGGUAACAAGUCGUGGACCUGGAACAGCCUUCCUAUUUGCAUUGACCUUGGUAGAAAAAUUGAUAGGAAAAGAGAUGUCUCUGAAACUUCAAAAGGAAAUGUUGACUGCCUCUGUUUUGUAGUUUAGUUAAUAUAUAGUUUUAUAUGAAUAAAAGGCAUGUCAUGCAGAGGGUUGUUCUAUGGAUUAAAUCUAGUGAUGUGACGCGUUGAUUUGAUGAAAAAGAAAAAGGUAUUCCUUAUUAUAAUUGUAUCAUCAUACGUUAGAAUGCAGGUGAUUCAUUAGGAUGAUCUUUUUUUUUUUCGUGUUGUGCAACGAUAUUGUAUUUCUACAUCGUUACAUUGCAGAUGAGCUGUCACCGGGCUUCAAAUAUGCCGCUCGAUCCCGAACUUAUGUUGUCUAAUAUUGUAUGAAUUGAUAUUAGAUAUAUAUUAGAAGUAAUAGAAAAAAAAAAAAGAAGAAUUUAU